CCCUAUGUUAUGUUACUAUUACUUUUGUUUAUUAUUGUCUUUGAUGUCACUUAUAUGUUUGUUUGUUCCUUGUUCUAAAAACGGAAUCGAUUCAACCGUUUCAUUUAAUAGAUUCGACUCAGUAGAACGAGUCCUUCACGAAUCGGACCUCGCUACUAGUUCAAAGGUCAAAAAGCAGCUGUGCAUAUGGCGCAUGUUCAUGCUGUGAUGUGCCGCUACCGCCGCAUAAAAGUGCAGUAGUUUUACCGUAGUUUGUCUUGUCGUCGUGUUGUAAUUUGAGUGUUAUAAUAAACUUUGUCAGUGUCAGUGUUGUGAGUUUAGAGAGUUGUAAAAGACAGUUUUAGUGCAGGAAUGGCAGGUCCAGAGCUGCUGCUCGACUCCAGUAUUCGCCUGUGGGUUGUUUUGCCCAUAGUCUUCAUCACCUUCAUCGUCGGAGUGUUGCGGCAUUACGUCACUCAACUCCUUCAUAACGACAAGAAGGUGGAUCUGCAGCAGGUGUCUGACAGUCAGGUGUUGCUGCGCAGCCGCAUCCUGAGAGAAAAUGGAAAAUAUAUUCCCAAACAGUCAUUUGCCAUGCGAAAACACUAUUUCAACAACCCUGAGACUGGAUUCUUCAAGGUGGUCAAAAGAAAGGUGAUCCCCAAAAACCCCAUGACCGACACCAGCAUGCUGACGGACAUGAUGAAAGGGAACCUGACCAAUGUGCUGCCAAUGAUUCUGAUUGGAGGAUGGAUCAACUGGGCCUUUUCUGGAUUUGUCACAACUAAAGUUCCGUUUCCUCUGACUCUGAGAUUCAAGCCCAUGUUACAGAGAGGGAUUGAGCUGAUCUCUCUGGAUGCGUCCUGGGUCAGUUCAGCGUCAUGGUAUUUUCUCAAUGUGUUUGGGCUCAGGAGCAUGUACACACUCAUCCUUGGACAAGACAACGCUGCUGAUCAGUCGAGGAUUAUGCAGGAUCAAAUGACGGGAGCCGCGAUGGCGAUGCCUCCUGAUCCUAAUAAGGCAUUCAAGAGCGAGUGGGAAGCUCUGGAGAUUGUGGAGCACAAAUGGGCCCUGGAGAACGUAGAGGAGGAACUCAUGUGUCAGGAUCUGAACUUCAGGGGACUCUUUAGCUAAGAACUACAGUAGAAACAGCACUGAUUGCAAACUACGUUUUAAUAUGAACCAGUGCUGAUGUGAUUUCGUAAGAUGAUUCAGAUGUUGGUGCUGGUUGACUGCGUUGAUCCUGAUCGUGUUUACUUUGUUUUGAAUGAAUGUGAAUGUCCUGCAAAGCAUCUAAAAUACAUUUCUGACAUGUUUUUGUGAGCUGUGAGUGUUGCACAUCAACAUUUAAUUUGUUGUAAGCACAGUUCAGAUCUAAAUGAAGUAUUAAUAUACAGAAUUUCUCAUGUCUUAAUGGUAUUUAUGUGUGAAGUGAUUUUUUUGGGUUAGUUCGGUUGUUAAAAUGUCAGUUUGGAUUUCAUCUUUGAUUAAACGGACUCUAUUUGGCA